AUGCAUGGGGCAUUUGUAAGGUUUGGGGACACCAAUGAGGCAUCUUUUGAUGAUAUUAGAAUAUCAUGUGAGGCGAAGUUUGAUUAUAAUGGACCGUCACUUGGAUCAAUGCAGGCCAUUACUUCUCUUAAGAAAGGGGCAUAUUUGCUCAAGUAUGGGAGGAGGGGAAAGCCAAAGUUUUGCCCCUUUCGGCUGGCAAAUGAUGAGUCUGUUCUAAUAUGGUUCUCAGGGAAAGAGGAGAAACACCUUAAACUUAGUGAGGUGUCCAGAAUCAUCUCUGGGCAGCGCACUCCAAUCUUCCAAAGGUAUCCACGGCCUGAGAAGGAGUGCCAGUCUUUUUCGUUAAUAUACAAGGACAGGUCACUAGAUUUGAUCUGUAAAGAUAAAGAUGAAGCUGAGGUAUGGAUUAGUGGUCUGAAGGCAUUAAUUUCACGUGACGAUCAAAGAAAAUGGAGAACAGAAUCAAGGAGUGACGGUAUUUCAUCUGAAGCCAAUAGUCCCAGAACAUACACGCGAAGAAGCUCUCCAUUAAAUUCUCCAUUUGGUAGUGGUGAUAGCUUGCAGAAGGAUGGUGGUGAUCAGCUUCGCCUUAAUAGUCCAUAUGAAAGCCCCCCUAAAAAUGGUUUGGACAAGGCAUUUUCAGAUGUAGUAUUGUAUGCUGUGCCACCAAAGGGUUUCUUCCCAUCAGAUUCUGCUAGUGGUUCUGUCCAUUCCUUGUCAUCGGGAGGCUCAGAUGUCAUACAUUCUCAGAUGAAGGCAAUGGGAAUGGAUGCUUUUAGAGUAAGCCUCUCAAGUGCUGUUAGCUCAUCAAGUCAAGGUUCUGGUCAUGAUGAUGGUGAUGCCUUGGGGGAUGUUUUUAUUUGGGGAGAUGGCACUGGGGAUGGUGUUCUGGGCGGUGGAGCUCAUAAAGUUGGGAGUUGUUUUGGUGUUGGAAUGGAUUCUUUAUUGCCCAAAGCUGUAGAAUCUGUGGUCGUACUUGAUGUUCAAAAUAUAGCUUGUGGUGGACGGCACGCUGCCUUGGUGACCAAGCAAGGAGAGAUUUUCUCCUGGGCUUGUGGUGGACGGCACGCUGCCUUGGUGACCAAGCAAGGAGAGAUUUUCUCUUGGGGUGAGGAAUCGGGGGGCAGGCUUGGGCAUGGCGUAGAUUCUGAUGUUUUAUGUCCGAAACUUAUAGAUGCCCUCAGCAAUACAAACAUUGAGCUUGUAGCAUGUGGUGAAUACCAUACUUGUGCUGUAACCCUCUCUGGUGAUCUGUACACAUGGGGUGAUGGCCAUUUUGGUCUUCUUGGGCAUGGCAAUGAAGUGAGUCAUUGGGUUCCGAAGAGAGUAAAUGGGCCAUUGGAAGGUAUACAUGUUUCAUCUAUCUCCUGUGGGCCCUGGCAUACGGCUGUAGUCACCUCUGCCGGGCAACUCUUUACUUUUGGUGAUGGAACAUUUGGUGUUCUGGGUCAUGGAGAUCGGAGAAGUGUUGCAAAACCUAGGGAAGUAGAGUCCCUUAAGGGGCUCCGCACUGUACGAGCAGCUUGUGGUGUUUGGCACACAGCUGCAGUUGUAGAAGUCAUGGUUGGUAAUUCAAGUUCCAGUAAUUGUUCAUCAGGAAAAUUGUUUACAUGGGGAGAUGGGGAUAAAGGUCGACUUGGACAUGGUAACAAGGAAACAAAACUUGUGCCUACCUGUGUUGCCGCUCUUGUUGAACCUAACUUUUGCCAGGUUGCCUGUGGACAUAGCUUGACAGUUGCACUUACAACCUCAGGGCAAGUCUUCACAAUGGGCAGUCCUGUUUAUGGGCAGUUGGGCAAUCCACAAGUUGAUGGGAAGCUCCCCUCUCGUGUUGAAGGAAAGCUUUCAAAGAGUUUUGUGGAAGAGAUAGCUUGUGGUGCCUAUCAUGUUGCAGUUUUAACUUCGAGAACUGAAGUUUACACGUGGGGCAAGGGAGCAAAUGGUCGAUUGGGUCAUGGAGAUACAGAGGACAGAAAUUCUCCAACUUUAGUAGAAGCUUUAAAGGACAAACAAGUAAAAAGUAUUGCUUGUGGUACUAGUUUUACUGCUGUUAUCUGCCUUCAUAAGUGGGUUUCAGGAAUUGAUCAGUCCAUGUGCUCUGGCUGCCGUCUGCCAUUUAAUUUUAAAAGAAAACGGCAUAAUUGUUAUAACUGUGGGCUUGUAUUUUGCCACUCAUGCAGCAGCAAGAAGUCCCUGAGGGCUUCUAUGGCACCGAAUCCCAAUAAAACUUAUCGCGUGUGUGAUAAUUGUUUUGGGAAACUAAAGAAAGCUAUUGAAACUGACACUUCAUCUCAGUCUGUUGUGGGUAGGAGAGGAAGUAUGAAUCAGGGCUUGAAUGAGCUAAUUGACAAAGACGAUAAGUUGGAUUCCAGAUCUCAUCCUCAUCUUGGAAGAUUUUCCUCAAUGGAAUCCUUGAAACAAGCGGAUAGCCGUUCUUCCAAGAGAAAUAAGAAGUUAGAAUUCAAUAGUAGCCGUGUAUCACCCAUUCCAAAUGGAAGUUCCCAGUGGGGAGCUCUUAACAUCUCUAAAUCUUUUAAUCCAGUAUUUGGAUCAUCCAAAAAAUUUUUCUCAGCUUCUGUUCCUGGGUCAAGAAUUGUUUCUCGAGCAACAUCACCAAUUUCAAGACGGCCCAGCCCACCUCGUUCUACUACACCAACUCCAACUCUGGGUGGACUCACCUCACCAAAAUUUGUAGUGGAUGAUGCUAAAAGGACAACUGAUAGCCAUAGCCAGGAAGUUAUUAAAUUAAGAGCACAGGUGGAAAAUCUGACUCGUAAAGCCCAACUUCAGGAGUUAGAGCUGGAAAGAACUACUAAACAACUAAAGGAUGCGAUAGCAAUUGCACGGGAAGAGACUGCAAAAUGCAAAGCAGCGAAAGAAGUGAUCAAGUCACUUACUGCNAAACAACUAAAGGAUGCGAUAGCAAUUGCACGGGAAGAGACUGCAAAAUGCAAAGCAGCGAAAGAAGUGAUCAAGUCACUUACUGCCCAAUCUCCUUUCACAUACAGUAUGAGUCAUGACCCGAUAUUUAGCCUCUACACACGAACUGCUGAAAACUUAGAGCUUACAGAGGCCAUCAAAAUUAAAGAUGGGGAGGCAGAGACCUAUAUCUCUGAAAUCGAGACUAUAGGUCAAGCAUACGAAGAUAUGCAGACACAGAAUCAACAUCUUUUGCAGCAGGUGGCCGAGAGGGACGAUUACAAUAUCAAGCUGGUUUCUGAGAGUGUGAAAACAAAGCAUGCACAAAGCAUCUUACUUUCUGAGAAGCAGUCAUUAGCAAAACAACUGCAGCAGGUUAACACAUCACUGGAUUCUUCGAAAGGGAGGAUUGCUCACAGUGAAGACCAGAUGAAAGUGUACAUUACAGAAGCUUUGAAAUGUACACAAGAAGAUAGACACCUGGCGGUGAACCUGGAAACAGCAAAGUGGGAAUUGGCAGAUUCUGAGAAGGAAUUGAAGUGGCUGAAAUCUGCUGUUGCUGCUUCUGAGAAGGACUAUGAGCAGAUUGAAAGAAAGAAAGCCGAAAUUCAAAUGGAACUGGAUGGUGAAAGAACUGAGAAGAAGAAGCUUGAUGAAGAGCUCAUGGAACUGAAUAGAAAGAUUGCUGAGAUGAGUUCUGAAAAUGGGGAGGCUGCAAUACAGAAGCUUCAGGAUGAGAUCAAAGAGUGCAAGGCUAUUCUCAAGUGUGGGGUGUGUUUUGAUCGGCCAAAGGAGGUUGUAAUUGUUAAGUGCUAUCAUCUAUUUUGCAAUCCAUGCAUCCAAAGAAACCUAGAGAUUCGCCAUCGCAAGUGCCCUGGUUGUGGGAUUGCAUUCGGGCAAAGUGAUGUUCGGUUUGUAAAGAUCUAA